AUGCCGCUGCUGGCUUCGACCUCAAUCGCCGCUGCGGCGCAUGCGUUACCCGUCACGUUGGCUCUGUCCGGUAUUUUUGGCAGCAUCAGCUUAACUUCUUGGAUAUGCCUCCUUUUACCCCAAUUGUUCGCCAACUACAAGGCCAAAAGUGCUGAUGGCCUCAGCAUGGCAUUCCUCAUUGUUUGGCUUCUAGGCGACAUCACAAAUCUCAUCGGAGCCUUGUUCACCCGCCUAGCUCCCACCGCCAUUGCCCUGGCAGGCUACUUCUGCAUUGCCGACAUCGUCCUCAUCGGCCAGGCUCUUUACUACAACACCCUCAAUGCCCGUCGUGCGAGUCGCGCCGAGGAGGCAAGACCAAUUGACCCUUCAGAAGAAUCUCCCCUCAUCGGCAAUCGAAACCGCAGGCGAAGCUCUUCCUAUGGCCUUCCCGGGUCUCAGCGCCGUCAUGCGACACACACCGAAUCAUCGAUGGAGCCAUUGAGGAAAAUUGUGACCGGCGAGGACGAUACCCCCGAUAGCUCGCCUUGGAUCCAUAAUACUUUGAGCUUGCUUGCUGUCUACGUCAUUGGCUUUGCGGGCUGGUUUGUCUCGUACAAGGUUGGCGCCUGGGAGAACGGUGAUUCUGGUACACCCGAUGCGCCCGAAGACGCCCAGACCACAAUUGAGAUUGUUGGGCUCAUCCUGGGAUACAUCAGUGCAAUUCUUUACCUUUGUGCUCGAAUUCCUCAGAUUAUCAAGAACCACCGAGAAAAGUCAUGCGAAGGCCUCGCAUUGCUUUUCUUCAUGCUCUCCAUGAGCGGAAACCUUACCUACGGAAUCAGUCUGGUAGCCUACUCCCAAGAUAAGAAGUACCUGUUGAACGCACUUCCUUGGUUGCUUGGUUCCCUGGGAACUAUUGCCGAGGAUCUCAUCAUUUUUGCCCAAUUCCGAAUUUACUCAAAUGUCGAACGCGACAGUGCUAUUGAGCCUUAA